AUGAAGAGAGAAAGGGGAGCCCUGUCCAGAGCCUCCAGGGCCCUGCACCUCGCUCCUUUUGUCUACCUGCUUCUCAUCCAGCCAGUCCCCCUGGAGGGGGUGAACAUCACCAGCCCAGUACGUCUGAUCCACGGCACGGUGGGCAAGUCUGCCCUGCUUUCUGUGCAGUACAGCAGCACCAGCAGCGACAAGCCUGUGGUGAAGUGGCAGCUGAAGCGUGACAAGCCGGUGACUGUGGUGCAGUCUAUAGGCACAGAGGUCAUCGGCACUCUGCGGCCUGACUAUCGAGACCGUAUCCGGCUCUUUGAAAAUGGCUCCUUGCUUCUCAGCGACCUGCAGCUGGCAGAUGAGGGAACCUAUGAAGUGGAGAUCUCGAUCACUGAUGAUACCUUCACAGGAGAGAAGACCAUCAAUCUCACAGUAGAUGUGCCCAUUUCAAGACCACAGGUGUUAGUGGCUUCCACCACUGUGCUGGAGCUCAGCGAGGCCUUCACCCUCAACUGCUCCCAUGAGAAUGGCACCAAACCCAGCUACACCUGGCUGAAAGAUGGCAAACCCCUCCUCAAUGACUCCCGGAUGCUCCUGUCCCCUGACCAAAAGGUGCUCACCAUCACCCGAGUGCUCAUGGAGGAUGAUGACCUGUACAGCUGUGUGGUGGAGAACCCUAUCAGCCAGGUCCGAAGCUUGCCUGUCAAGAUCACCGUGUAUAGACGAAGCUCCCUCUAUAUCAUCUUGUCUACAGGAGGCAUCUUUCUCCUUGUGACCCUGGUGACAGUCUGUGCCUGCUGGAAACCCUCCAAAAAGUCUAGGAAGAAGAGGAAGUUGGAAAAGCAAAACUCUUUGGAAUACAUGGAUCAGAACGAUGACCGUCUAAAAUCAGAAGCAGACACCCUGCCCCGAAGUGGAGAACAGGAGCGGAAGAACCCAAUGGCACUCUAUAUCCUGAAAGACAAGGACUCUCCGGAGCAGGAUGAGAACCCCGUUACAGAGCCUCGGAGCACUACAGAGCCUGGCCCGCCCGGCUACUCUGUGUCACCACCAGUGCCGGGCCGCAGUCCGGGGCUGCCCAUCCGCUCAGCCCGCCGCUACCCGCGCUCCCCAGCGCGCUCCCCCGCCACAGGCCGGACGCACACGUCACCGCCACGGGCCCCGAGCUCGCCUGGCCGCUCGCGCAGUGCCUCGCACACACUCCGGACUGCGGGCGUGCACAGAAUCCGCGAGCAGGACGAGUCUGGGCAGGUGGAGAUCAGUGCCUGA